AUGGCAACGCCCCAUCUUGGGGGACUGCUGGCGGCAUGCAUAGCUUUGGUCACCAUUCAUCUUGGCACAGCUCAAGAGUUUUGUGCAACGAAUCAGUGCCCUAAUAAUGAGCCGUGUUAUAACAGACCAGGAUCUACGGAAUCGACAUUUGCUUGCGAGUGUCCAGGAGAGACGCCAUUCUUUAUGGGGUAUGAUUGCUCCAUCAGCGCCUUUACCAUGGUUAAAACGACAUGCUUUGGAUCGUCAUGCCAAACUGGUUUUUACACUUCACCCAACUACCCUAAUCAGCAUUUUGACCGGGAUACAAGGAGUCACUUCAUCUUCAUCCCCGGAGCUACAGAAAUCACCUUUUUCUUCAGUGACCCAUUUGAAGUGGAACCCUUCAAAGAUGAACUGUACAUCGGAGAAGGCCUGACCUACGACGACAGGGCAGAUUUAAUUGGGGUGAACAUGACGCAGAAACAGAUCUACUUCUUCGAGAAUUACACGGUGCCGACUCCUUUGACAAUAAAUUCAGAUGCUGCAUUCAUUGUGUGGAAAACUGACAAAAACAUUAGGCUAUCGGGGUUUCGAGUUGAUUGGGUAGGAGCAGUGGACAUCACACCACCAACCUUCACCUGUCCAGAUUCUAUCGAUCGAACCGUUGACAUAACGCAGGCAGGAUCAUUCAUCCAGUGGACCGAACCUAAUAUUUUUGAUGAGAGUGGUGUCCAAAGCUUCAGUUCGUCAAUAGCGAGUGGAUCGUUCUUUCAAGUGGGGCUGCCUGUUACUGUUACAUACACAGGGAUAGAUACAAGAGGCAACAUAGCCACAUGUAACUUCAUUGUUUCUGUGACUGCAGUUGAUAGCACACCACCUAUUGUGAUUUGCCCGCAGGACAUUACCGAAACAGUAGAAAUAGGCACUGCUUUUACACAAGUAAACUUUAAUACUCCCAGUGUUUCUGAUGAUUCUGGAAGCUUCAGCCUUGUACAAGCCAGUCAUCAACCUGGAGAUAGCUUUACCACAGGAACAACAAGAGUCACCUACACCUAUGCUGAUGGAAGCCAAAAUACAGCUUCUUGCUCAUUCCUCGUCAACAUUAUUGCUGCUGAUACUACACCACCUGUUGUAACCUGCCCUCCGGACGUUACUGAAAUAGUUGAAUUAGGCAUUUUUUCAACACAAGUAUCCUUUGAUACUCCCGUGGUUAGUGAUAAUUCUGGAAGCUUCAGCCUUGUACAAGCAAGUCAUCAACCUGGAGCUAGCUUUCCUACAGGAUCAUCAACAGUCACCUACACCUAUACUGAUGGAAGCCAAAAUACAGCUUCUUGCUCAUUCCUCGUCAACAUUAUUGCUGUGGAUACCACUCCUCCGGUUAUUCUAAACUGCCCUUCUCCACUCGAUGUUGUAAUUGACUUUGGUGCAACAUCUGGCGUGGUUGGAUGGCAAACUGUAUCUGCAACGGAUAAUUCCGGCCAAGUUGAUAUUCUCAGACGUUCGCAUAACAAUGGAGAUAUCUUCACAUUAGGCACAACACCUGUUACAAUUGAGUUCACAGAUCCUUCUGCCAAUACAGCCCUGUGUUCCUUCUUGGUCACUGUAACAGCAGAAGCUGAUAACAUACCACCUGUUGUAAAUUGCCCUCCGGACAUUACUGAAAUAGUUGAAUUAGGCACUUCUUCCAGACAAGUAUCCUUUGAUACUCCCAUGGUUAGUGAUAAUUCUGGAAUCUUCAGCCUUGUACAAGCAAGUCAUCAACCUGGAGCUACCUUUACCACAGGAACAACAACAGUUACCUACACCUAUGCUGAUGGAAGCGGAAAUACAGCUUCUUGUUCAUUUGUAAUCAACAUAAUAGCUGUGGAUCGUGUACCUCCACAAGUAACAUGUCCGGCUGAUGAAGUAUAUGACGUUGAAGUGCCAUUGAGUGGUAGAACAGUUACUUUUGGCACUGCAACAGCAAUUGACUUUUCUGCUGUAUCUCUGGUCAGUGUUACACCUCAAAAUGGAUUUUUCUUCUCCACGGGAUCAACUACAGUGACAUACACUUACAGAGAUGCCAGCAACAAUCAGGCUUCCUGCAGUUUCUUGGUCACUAUUAAUUCAGUGGAUCGUGUACCUCCACAAGUAACAUGUCCGGCUGAUGAAGUAUAUGACGUUGAAGUGCCAUUGAGUGGUAGAACAGUUACUUUUGGCACUGCAACAGCAAUUGACUUUUCUGCUGUAUCUCUGGUCAGUGUUACACCUCAGACUGGAACUUUCUUCUCCACGGGAUCAACUACAGUGACAUACACUUACAGAGAUACCAGCAACAAUGAGGCUUCCUGCAGUUUCUUGGUCACUAUUAAUUCAGUGGAUCGUGUACCUCCACAAGUAACAUGCCCGCCUGAUGAAGUAUAUGACAUUGAAGUGCCAUUGAGUGGAAGAACAGUUACUUUUGGCACUGCAACAGCAUUUGACUUUUCUACUGUAUCUCUGGUCAGUGUUACACCUCAGACUGGAACUUUCUUCUCCACGGGAUCAACUACAGUGACAUACACUUACAGAGAUGCCAGCAACAAUCAGGCUUCCUGCAGUUUCUUGGUCACUAUUAAUUCAGUGGAUCGUGUACCUCCACAAGUAACAUGUCCGGCUGAUGAAGUAUAUGACGUUGAAGUGCCAUUGAGUGGUAGAACAGUUACUUUUGGCACUGCAACAGCAAUUGACUUUUCUGCUGUAUCUCUGGUCAGUGUUACACCUCAGACUGGAACUUUCUUCUCCACGGGAUCAACUACAGUGACAUACACUUACAGAGAUGCCAGCAACAAUCAGGCUUCCUGCAGUUUCUUGGUCACUAUUAAUUCAGUGGAUCGUGUACCUCCACAAGUAACAUGUCCGGCUGAUGAAGUAUAUGACGUUGAAGUGCCAUUGAGUGGUAGAACAGUUACUUUUGGCACUGCAACAGCAAUUGACUUUUCUGCUGUAUCUCUGGUCAGUGUAACACCUCAGACUGGAACUUUCUUCUCCACGGGAUCAACUACAGUGACAUACACUUACAGAGAUACCAGCAACAAUGAGGCUUCCUGCAGUUUCUUGGUCACUAUUAAUUCAGUUGACAACACUCCACCAGAUAUUCAAAACUGCCCUCCUCAAGUCAAUGAAGAAAUUGGCUUUGGUGCAACAUCUGGUGUGGUUGCAUGGCCAAUUGUAUUUGCAUCUGACAAUUCUGGUCAACUUGAGGUUCCCAGUCUUUCGCAUAACAACGGGGGUAUCUUCCCCUUAGGCACCACAGCUGUUACGAUUGAGUUCAGAGAUCUUUCUGGCAAUACAGCCGUAUGUUCCUUCACGGUCACUGUAACAGCACAAGCUGAUAACAUACCACCUGUUGUAAAUUGCCCUAUGGACAUUACUGAAACAGUUGAAUUAGGCACUUCUUCCAGACAAGUAUCCUUUGAUACUCCCAUGGUUAGUGAUAAUUCUGGAAGCUUCAGCCUUGUACAAGCAAGUCAUCAACCUGGAGCUAGCUUUCCUACAGGAACAACAAGAGUCACCUACACCUAUACUGAUGGAAGCGGAAAUACAGCUUCUUGUUCAUUUGUAAUCAACAUAAUAGCUGUGGAUCGUGUACCUCCACAAGUAACAUGCCCGCCUGAUGAAGUAUAUGACGUUGAAGUGCCAUCGAGUGGAAGAACAGUUACUUUUGGCACUGCAACAGCAAUUGACUUUUCUACUGUAUCUCUGGUCAGUGUUACACCUCAGACUGGAACUUUCUUCUCCACGGGAUCAACUACAGUGACAUACACUUACAGAGAUACCAGCAACAAUGAGGCUUCCUGCAGUUUCUUGGUCACUAUUAAUUCAGUGGAUCGUGUACCUCCACAAGUAACAUGUCCGGCUGAUGAAGUAUAUGACGUUGAAGUGCCAUUGAGUGGUAGAACAGUUACUUUUGGCACUGCAACAGCAAUUGACUUUUCUGCUGUAUCUCUGGUCAGUGUUACACCUCAGACUGGAACUUUCUUCUCCACGGGAUCAACUACAGUGACAUACACUUACAGAGAUACCAGCAACAAUCAGGCUUCCUGCAGUUUCUUGGUCACUAUUAAUUCAGUUGACAACACUCCACCAGAUAUUCAAAACUGCCCUCCUCAAGUCAAUGAAGAAAUUGGCUUUGGUGCAACAUCUGGUGUGGUUGCAUGGCCAAUUGUAUUUGCAUCUGACAAUUCUGGUCAACUUGAGGUUCCCAGUCUUUCGCAUAACAACGGGGGUAUCUUCCCCUUAGGCACCACAGCUGUUACGAUUGAGUUCAGAGAUCUUUCUGGCAAUACAGCCGUAUGUUCCUUCACGGUCACUGUAACAGCACAAGCUGAUAACAUACCACCUGUUGUAAAUUGCCCUAUGGACAUUACUGAAACAGUUGAAUUAGGCACUUCUUCCAGACAAGUAUCCUUUGAUACUCCCAUGGUUAGUGAUAAUUCUGGAAGCUUCAGCCUUGUACAAGCAAGUCAUCAACCUGGAGCUAGCUUUCCUACAGGAACAACAAGAGUCACCUACACCUAUACUGAUGGAAGCGGAAAUACAGCUUCUUGUUCAUUUGUAAUCAACAUAAUAGCUGUGGAUCGUGUACCUCCACAAGUAACAUGCCCGCCUGAUGAAGUAUAUGACGUUGAAGUGCCAUCGAGUGGAAGAACAGUUACUUUUGGCACUGCAACAGCAAUUGACUUUUCUACUGUAUCUCUGGUCAGUGUUACACCUCAGACUGGAACUUUCUUCUCCACGGGAUCAACUACAGUGACAUACACUUACAGAGAUACCAGCAACAAUGAGGCUUCCUGCAGUUUCUUGGUCACUAUUAAUUCAGUGGAUCGUGUACCUCCACAAGUAACAUGUCCGGCUGAUGAAGUAUAUGACGUUGAAGUGCCAUUGAGUGGUAGAACAGUUACUUUUGGCACUGCAACAGCAAUUGACUUUUCUGCUGUAUCUCUGGUCAGUGUUACACCUCAGACUGGAACUUUCUUCUCCACGGGAUCAACUACAGUGACAUACACUUACAGAGAUGCCAGCAACAAUCAGGCUUCCUGCAGUUUCUUGGUCACUAUUAAUUCAGUUGACAACACUCCACCAGAUAUUCAAAACUGCCCUCCUCAAGUCAAUGAAGAAAUUGGCUUUGGUGCAACAUCUGGUGUUGUUGCAUGGCCAAUUGUAUUUGCAUCUGACAAUUCUGGUCAACUUGAGGUUCCAAGUCUUUCGCAUAACAACGGGGGUAUCUUCCCCUUAGGCACCACAGCUGUUACGAUUGAGUUCAGAGAUCUUUCUGGCAAUACAGCCGUAUGUUCCUUCACGGUCACUGUAACAGCACAAGCUGAUAACAUACCACCUGUUGUAAAUUGCCCUCCGGACGUUACUGAAACAGUUGAAUUAGGCACUUCUUCCAGACAAGUAUCCUUUGAUACUCCCAUGGUUAGUGAUAAUUCUGGAAGCUUCAGCCUUGUACAAGCAAGUCAUCAACCUGGAGAUAGCUUUACCACAGGAACAACAAGAGUCACCUACACCUAUGCUGAUGGAAACGGAAAUAUAGCUUCUUGUUCAUUUGUAAUCAACAUAAUAGCUGUGGAUCGUGUACCUCCACAAGUAACAUGCCCGCCUGAUGAAGUAUAUGACGUUGAAGUGCCAUUGAGUGGAAGAACAGUUACUUUUGGCACUGCAACAGCAUUUGACUUUUCUACUGUAUCUCUGGUCAGUGUUACACCUCAGACUGGAACUUUCUUCUCCACGGGAUCAACUACAGUGACAUACACUUACAGAGAUACCAGCAACAAUGAGGCUUCCUGCAGUUUCUUGGUCACUAUUAAUUCAGUUGACAACACUCCACCAGAUAUUCAAAACUGCCCUCCUCAAGUCAAUGAAGAAAUUGGCUUUGGUGCAACAUCUGGUGUGGUUGCAUGGCCAACUGUAUUUGCAUUUGACAAUUCUGGUCAACUUGAGGUUCCCAGUCUUUCGCAUAACAACGGGGGUAUCUUCCCCUUAGGCACCACAGCUGUUACGAUUGAGUUCAGAGAUCUUUCUGGCAAUACAGCCGUAUGUUCCUUCACGGUCACUGUAACAGCACAAGCUGAUAACAUACCACCUGUUGUAAAUUGCCCUCCGGACGUUACUGAAACAGUUGAAUUAGGCACUUCUUCCAGACAAGUAUCCUUUGAUACUCCCAUGGUUAGUGAUAAUUCUGGAAGCUUCAGCCUUGUACAAGCAAGUCAUCAACCUGGAGAUAGCUUUACCACAGGAACAACAAGAGUCACCUACACCUAUGCUGAUGGAAGCGGAAAUAUAGCUUCUUGUUCAUUUGUAAUCAACAUAAUAGCUGUGGAUCGUGUACCUCCACAAGUAACAUGCCCGCCUGAUGAAGUAUAUGACGUUGAAGUGCCAUUGAGUGGAAGAACAGUUACUUUUGGCACUGCAACAGCAAUUGACUUUUCUACUGUAUCUCUGGUCAGUGUUACACCUCAGACUGGAACUUUCUUCUCCACGGGAUCAACUACAGUGACAUACACUUACAGAGAUACCAGCAACAAUGAGGCUUCCUGCAGUUUCUUGGUCACUAUUAAUUCAGUGGAUCGUGUACCUCCACAAGUAACAUGCCCGCCUGAUGAAGUAUAUGACGUUGAAGUGCCAUUGAGUGGUAGAACAGUUACUUUUGGCACUGCAACAGCAAUUGACUUUUCUGCUGUAUCUCUGGUCAGUGUUACACCUCAGACUGGAACGUUCUUCUCCACGGGAUCAACUACAGUGACAUACACUUACAGAGAUGCCAGCAACAAUCAGGCUUCCUGCAGUUUCUUGGUCACUAUUAAUUCAGUUGACAACACUCCACCAGAUAUUCAAAACUGCCCUCCUCAAGUCAAUGAAGAAAUUGGCUUUGGUGCAACAUCUGGUGUGGUUGCAUGGCCAAUUGUAUUUGCAUCUGACAAUUCUGGUCAACUUGAGGUUCCCAGUCUUUCGCAUAACAACGGGGGUAUCUUCCCCUUAGGCACCACAGCUGUUACGAUUGAGUUCAGAGAUCUUUCUGGCAAUACAGCCGUAUGUUCCUUCACGGUCACUGUAACAGCACAAGCUGAUAACAUACCACCUGUUGUAAAUUGCCCUCCGGACGUUACUGAAACAGUUGAAUUAGGCACUUCUUCCAGACAAGUAUCCUUUGAUACUCCCAUGGUUAGUGAUAAUUCUGGAAGCUUCAGCCUUGUACAAGCAAGUCAUCAACCUGGAGAUAGCUUUACCACAGGAACAACAAGAGUCACCUACACCUAUGCUGAUGGAAGCGGAAAUAUAGCUUCUUGUUCAUUUGUAAUCAACAUAAUAGCUGUGGAUCGUGUACCUCCACAAGUAACAUGCCCGCCUGAUGAAGUAUAUGACGUUGAAGUGCCAUUGAGUGGUAGAACAGUUACUUUUGGCACUGCAACAGCAAUUGACUUUUCUGCUGUAUCUCUGGUCAGUGUUACACCUCAGACUGGAACUUUCUUCUCCACGGGAUCAACUACAGUGACAUACACUUACAGAGAUGCCAGCAACAAUCAGGCUUCCUGCAGUUUCUUGGUCACUAUUAAUUCAGUUGACAACACUCCACCAGAUAUUCAAAACUGCCCUCCUCAAGUCAAUGAAGAAAUUGGCUUUGGUGCAACAUCUGGUGUGGUUGCAUGGCCAAUUGUAUUUGCAUCUGACAAUUCUGGUCAACUUGAGGUUCCCAGUCUUUCGCAUAACAACGGGGGUAUCUUCCCCUUAGGCACCACAGCUGUUACGAUUGAGUUCAGAGAUCUUUCUGGCAAUACAGCCGUAUGUUCCUUCACGGUCACUGUAACAGCACAAGCUGAUAACAUACCACCUGUUGUAAAUUGCCCUCCGGACGUUACUGAAACAGUUGAAUUAGGCACUUCUUCCAGACAAGUAUCCUUUGAUACUCCCAUGGUUAGUGAUAAUUCUGGAAGCUUUAGCCUUCUACAAGCAAGUCAUCAACCUGGAGACAGCUUUACCACAGGAACAACAAGAGUCACCUACACCUAUGCUGAUGGAAGCGGAAAUACAGCUUCUUGCUCAUUUGUAAUCAACAUAAUAGCUGUGGAUCGUGUACCUCCACAAGUAACAUGCCCGCCUGAUGAAGUAUAUGACGUUGAAGUGCCAUUGAGUGGAAGAACAGUUACUUUUGGCACUGCAACAGCAAUUGACUUUUCUGCUGUAUCUCUGGUCAGUGUUACACCUCAGACUGGAACUUUCUUCUCCACGGGAUCAACUACAGUGACAUACACUUACAGAGAUGCCAGCAACAAUGAGGCUUCCUGCAGUUUCUUGGUCACUAUUAAUUCAGUGGAUCGUGUACCUCCACAAGUAACAUGCCCGCCUGAUGAAGUAUAUGACAUUGAAGUGCCUUUGAGUGGAAGAACAGUUACUUUUGGCACUGCAACAGCAAUUGACUUUUCUGCUGUAUCUCUGGUCAGUGUUACACCUCAGACUGGAACUUUCUUCUCCACGGGAUCAACUACAGUGACAUACACUUACAGAGAUGCCAGCAACAAUCAGGCUUCCUGCAGUUUCUUGGUCACUGUUAAUUCAGUUGAUACAACCAAUCCCCAGAUAGUGUGCCCACAAGGGUUCACUGAGUCUUCUACUGUGGGUACAGGCGGGACAGUAGUCACCUGGAUCUCUGCCACAGCAACAGACAACUCUGGUUCUGUCACUGUCACAUCUGAUCGUGUUUCACCAAUGUUUUUGAACUUUGGAGAGACGAUUAUCACAUACACUGCAAGAGAUCCCUCCGGAAAUAUUGCUAUUUGCUCAUUUACCAUUGUUGUGAUAGAAGUUGAUAACGUGCCACCUGUUGUAACUUGCCCUCCGGACGUUACUGAAAUAGUUGAAUUAGGCACUUCUUCCACACAAGUAUCCUUUGAUACUCCCAUGGUUAGUGAUAAUUCUGGAAUCUUCAGCCUUGUACAAGCAAGUCAUCAACCUGGAGCUACCUUUACUACAGGAGCAACAACAGUCACCUACACCUAUACUGAUGGAAGCGGAAACACAGCUUCUUGCUCAUUUCAAAUCAACAUUAUUGCUGAGGAUCGCAUCCCUCCACAAGUAACAUGUCCGGCUGAUGAAGUAUAUGACGUUGAAGUGCCUUCGAGUGGUAGAACAGUUACUUUUGGCACUGCAUCAGCAACUGACCUUUCUACUGUAUCUCUGGUCAGUGUUACACCUCAGAAUGGAUUUUUCUUCUCCACGGGAUCAACGACAGUGACAUACACUUACAGAGAUACCAGCAACAAUCAGGCUUCCUGCAGUUUCUCUGUCAUUGUUAAUUCAGUUGAUACGACUAAUCCCCAGAUAGUGUGCCCACAAGGGUUCACUGAGUCUUCUACUGUGGGUACAGGCGGGACAGUAGUCACCUGGAUCUCUGCCACAGCAACAGACAACUCUGGUUCUGUCACUGUCACAUCUGAUCGUGUUUCACCUAUGUUUUUGAACUUUGGAGAGACGACUAUCACAUACACUGCAAGAGAUCCAUCCGGAAACAUUGCUAUUUGCUCGUUUACUAUUGUUGUGUUAGAAGUGGACAAUGAGCCGCCGUUGAUUCAAAACUGCCCUCCUUCGCCGCUCAACACAGUUAUUGACUUGGAUCAAGCAUUUGCUCAGGUGUUCUGGCCACUUGUGCUGGCAACCGACAAUUCGGGCAUCGAACCUGUUGUCAACCCAUCGCAUUCCAGUGGGAGUUCAUUUCCUGUGGGCCAGACGACAGUCACAAUUGAAUUUACCGAUUCUGCUCUUAACACCGCCCAGUGUCUUUUUGUAGUCAAUGUCAUUCAGUCUGAUCCAGUCCCACCACUGAUAACAGGCUGUCCUGGAGACAUAGAAAGAUCCAUCUCGCUUGAGGCAACAGACACCCCAGUGUCUUGGAUACCGCCAAGCGCAACAGAUAACGAUGGCGAGAUCCCAGACUUAAUCAGUAACUUUAGCCCUGGAGCUCGAUUUUCUCCUGGAGUGUGGAAUGUCAUCUACACCUCUACGGAUAGAGCAGGAAACACGCAGCAGUGCCAGUUUUCUAUUACUAUUUCAAGAGUGGAUGAUGAACCACCGAGCGUGACUUGCCCUGCAAGCAUUCAGCAGAUUGUAAUAGAAGGUUCCGCCGGUACGUACGUGACGUGGGACCCUCCUGCUGCAUCAGAUAACUCGGGCACAGUGGAGUUUGUAUCGUCCACCGCCAGUUCUGGUGAUCUGUUCGCCAUUGGACUCAGUUCAGUCACAUACACCUACUCAGAUCCUUCCGGCAACCAAGCCAGUUGCAGCUUCACAGUGACCAUUACCUCAGGUUCGCCGUGCAACCCGAAUCCCUGUCAAAAUGGUGGCCUAUGCGUACCGACAGAUCUUACAAGUUACCAGUGUAUCUGCACAGAAUGCUUUACAGGGACUAACUGUGAGACAAACCUCAAUGCAUGUGUCAACAAUCUCUGUGAGAAUGGAGCAAUCUGCAUCCCAGAUCCAGGAUCAUGUACCGAUUACAGCUGCCAGUGCACCGAUUGCUUUACAGGAAGAUUCUGCAAUUUACCGCUUGACUCGUGUGAGAACCAUCAGUGUCAGAACGGUGGAGGCUGUACAGUGGAUCCCCUGAACUGUGUACUCUACACCUGUACCUGCCCUCUGUGCUUUACUGGCCAAUUCUGUGAACAGGAGGUCAGUGCUUGUACUUUCAAUCUGUGUGCCAAUGGAGCAAACUGCGUUCCAGUUGGGACAAUCUGCACCGAGUAUAAAUGCUCCUGUCCAGGCUGUUACACUGGCGCUUACUGUAAUGAACUACGGGAUCCUUGCUUCAACAACCCAUGCAUGAACGGUGGCAUAUGCUCUGCUUUGAAUGAUGGAAACUGUUUCUCCUACACCUGCGAAUGUUUCGGGUGCAACACUGGCUACAAUUGUGAAAUCACAAUCCCAUCCCCUUGCUCUGGAAAUCCUUGUCAGAAUGGAGGAAACUGUCUGAGCAUCCAGGGACAGUGUGCUGCUUAUCAGUGUCAGUGCCCACCAAACUUUGGUGGUCUUCAUUGUGAAAAUGUGGUUACAACUAAUCCGAAUCCCUGCAAUAGUUUCCCCUGUCUGAAUGGGGCAGAGUGCCUUACCAUGGACAGCACGUUCUACACCUGUCUGUGCCGUUCUGGCUUCGCUGGUAUUGACUGCCAACAACCCACAUUACCUGGUGGCCAGGCAACUGAUCUCUGUUUGACUAACCCCUGCCAGAAUGGAGCGACCUGUGUGGCCAGUUACCACAGCAGUAAUCGUAACUUUUACCAGCCUCAGUAUUACUGCAUAUGCAACAAUGGCUUCACGGGAACAAACUGCCAGCAGCAGACAGCAUUCUCCCCGAAUGAAGACAUCUGCAACGUUGUACGACCUGAAAGACCCGACUGUCAGGGUGGCGCACCUUGCUACAACUCCUAUCAAAGCUUCACCAGUGAUGUUGACUACUACUGUGACUGCCCUAUUGGCCUCACUGGGCACAACUGUGAAACAAUUGCUCCAAACCCAUGUGAAAGCAAUCCCUGUCAGAAUGGAGGAAACUGUCUGCCCUUCAAGUUGUACUACACCUGCUCAUGCCCCCAGGGAUUCCUGGGAGAUCGCUGUCAAACAUCUACCGAUAUAACGGUACCAGCUAUUUUGAACUGCCCUGCUGAUAUUGAGGUGCAAGUUGCAUUUGGUCAGACCAUGGCCUUUGCUACAUGGCAAGAACCUACAUCACCAGACGGUAACAGGGUCUUCCGUUCCGACGCUCCAUCAACGCUCUUCCCACUCGGCACAACCUCUGUGUCCUAUGUCUUUGAGGAUGUCUCUGGGAAUAGGGCUUCUUGCACCUUCUUUGUUAUAGUAUCAGGUAAUGUGGUAGAUGACACACCCCCAACAGUCUUUGGAUGCCCUGGAGACAUCACUGCCACCGUACCACUUGGCUCUCAGACCACAACGGCCAUUUGGCAGCUUCCUGGUGCUGCCGACAACAACGGCGCUGCCACACUCACAAGCAACUACAGCCCUGGGGAUGUCUUCCCAGCGGGUAUCACCGAAGUGGUGUAUGUUGCCACUGACUCUGCAGGACUGACUGCCAGGUGUUCAUUCAAUGUCAUUGCGCAGUUGCCUGUUGAUGAAACCCCACCAGUGAUUGAUAAUUGUCCCGAGGAGCGAUUUGCAACGCUGCCAGAUGGAAGUUCUACUGUCCCUGUGGUGUGGCCUGCACCUCAGGCAUCAGACAACUCUGGUCAGGUGACACUGUCGUCCAAUUACAACCCCGGUGAUUCAUUCCCACCCGGGCAAACUUUAGUCUUUUACGCUGCCAAGGACCCGUAUGGACUCUUGACUUCGUGCACGUUUACCGUCUUUGUGUCUACCACAGGUGACACCAAUCCGCCUGUGAUCAGUGGGUGUCCCGAGAAUCAGUUUAUCACUGCACCCCCAGGAUCGUCCAUUGUUCCAGUGACUUGGAUACCACCUACUGCAACAGAUGACACUGGAAUCGUCACCCUCACCGGGGACUCGACCCCAGGAUCAUCCUUUCCUGUUGGCACAACCUCGGUCAGAUACGAGGCCCGGGACUCGUCUGGCCUUGUCUCUCGCUGCACUUUCCAAAUUUUUGUGACUGCAGAUGGAGGAGACACAGUACCACCAGUAAUCACGAACUGUCCCACAGAUCAGUUCGCUACGCUGCCUGCAGGAUCCCCAUCUGUGGCAGUAUCUUGGAUAGAGCCAACAGCUACAGACAACCGCGGGACUCCAUUGCUGUUCUCCAACUUCAACCCUGGUGACUUGUUUCCCUUGGGUUCUCGCACCGUAACGUACACAGCAAGAGAUUCUAGUGGGCUUGAGGCUUUCUGCUCUUUCAAUGUCGUUGUCAGUGGUACAACAACAACAGGGGACACUACAUCACCCGUCUUUGUGACCUGCCCAUCAUCUCAAACCAUUACUGUAAGCCAAGGUCAGACUUCAACCACCGCCGUAUGGACAACACCCACAGCAACGGACAAUGCUGGAGCACCAACGGUCAUCCAGACCGCUGGACCAGGGCCUGGCGGUGUCUUCAGCCUAGGCAGUACACCCGUGACCUACACGGCUCGAGAUGGAGCUGGCUUGGAAGAGACCUGUGUCUUCAAUAUCAUUGUCACCGUGCCAGGCGGUGGCACUACACAGGACAACAUUCCACCUGUCAUCAGCGGCUGUGAUGAGUCGGUGUCGGCCAUUUCAAAUGGCGAUGUUGUUCCAGUUAGCUGGAAUGUGCCAACUGCCACCGACAACGGAGUAGAGAUACCCCCAUCCAGCACUCCUCCAUUUUCAUCCAUAUUCAUUCCACCUGGAAAUUACGGGCCGUUUAAUUAUGUUUUCACAGAUAUAGCAGGGAAUUCUGCAGUGUGUCCAAUCUUCAUCUCUAUUUCUGAUGGCUCUGAUACAAGCAGCCCAACCAUUACUUCCUGUCCAAGCGAUGUUACUGUUAAUGCUGGCUCAAACCCCACUGCAACUGCAUCAUGGCAAGUGCCAACUGCCACUGACAUAGGCACUUCACCUCAAGAUCUGAGAAUCUGGUCAAGCCAUGAUCCUGGUGACGGAUUUGGUGUUGGUUCCACUCCUGUACGCUAUAUCUUCAUUGAUCAACAAGGCAACUUUGCAAAUUGCAACUUCAAUGUGAUCGUAACUGGUCAGGGCGGAAGCGUUGACAGCACACCGCCACAAAUCUUUGGGUGUCCAUCGAAUGUGGUGGUGCAGGCUCCUCUGGGCGCUACUGCUACCCAGGCUUCCUGGACUGCACCAACUGCAUCCGAUAAUCAGGGAACGGCCAAUCUGGUCUCUACCGCCAACCCAGGAGGCACUUUCCCCCUGGGAGUCACGUCUGUCAUGUACACGGCAACGGACGGUGCAGGAUUACAGGAUGCAUGCACCUUCAACAUCAUUGUGCAGCAGACAGGUUCUGGAGACAAUCAAAACCCCGUCAUAUCAGGAUGUCCCGGCACUCAGACCGCUUUCCUUCCGGCUGGCCAGAAUACAGUCUCUGUAUUCUGGACAGCACCAACAGCAACUGAUAAUGCAGGCACGCCAUCUCUGAUCCCAGAUAGGACUCCUGGUUCACAGUUCUCUUUAGGUCAGACCGUUGUUACCUAUACUGCAAGAGACAGCUCUGGAAACACUGCUACCUGCAGUUUUGUAGUGAUCGUGACAAGCUCAGGUUCUGGAGACAAUCAAAACCCUGUCAUAUCAGGAUGUCCCGGCACUCAGACCGCUUUCCUUCCGGCUGGCCAGAAUACAGUCUCUGUAUUCUGGACAGCACCAACAGCAACUGAUAAUGCAGGCACACCAUCUCUGAUCCCAGAUAGGACUCCUGGUUCACAGUUCUCUUUAGGUCAGACCGUUGUUACCUAUACUGCAAGAGACAGCUCUGGAAACACUGCUACCUGCAGUUUUGUAGUGAUCGUGACAAGCCAAACCCCAACAGGCGAUACCACACCUCCAGUUUUGUCCGGUUGCCCAGGGACGAUAUCCCGCCAGGUGGCUGCGGGAACUCCCACAGCUGUGGCAUCCUGGACGCCACCGACUGCUUCCGAUAAUCAGGGCACAGCCAACGUCAUAUCCAAUGGAUUCAACCCUGGGAAUUCUUUCCCAGUGGGUUCUACAACCGUGAUCUACACAGCCACGGAUCAAGCUGGCCUGCAGUCCAAAUGUGCCUUCAAUGUCAUCGUUUCUUCCGGAGGAGGUGGAACUGUAGUUGACGGGAUCCCGCCUUCAUUGACCAGUUGUACCAAUGCAGCGUACGGUCAAUUGAAUACUGUAACCGGAUUUGCCCUCGUCUCAUGGGACCUACCCACCGCCACAGACAAUGGGAUGCCAAUAGAUUUCGACACCGGAGUCACGUUCACAAAUGCUUUUUUCCCAGAAGGCCUGAAUGGUCCAUUCGUUUGGAGGUUCAGUGACAAUGCUGGGAAUGAGGUUGCUUGUGAGCUCUUCAUUUUUGUUGGAACUGAGGCUCGCACAGACUUGACUCCUCCGGCUGUUACCUCUUGCCCAAGUGACAUCAGUGCGCAAUCUCCAGAUGGCGCUCCUGUCCCCGUCACGUGGACGACACCCACAGGUUUUAAAGCCGGCCAAGUACUGGAAGUUUCGUCCACUCAUGCAUCUGGAGACCUCUUUGGGGUUGGAACAACUCCAGUGAGAUAUGCUUUCAUCGACAACCAGGCAAACGUUGCCUACUGUGAUUUCAACGUCAUUGUAACUGGCACUGGUGCUCCAACCGAUACCAAUCCUCCAACGAUCUUUGGCUGCCCGUCAACUCUCAUUCUGACAGCUACAGCAGGAGCAUCAGCCGCUGUAGCUGUAUGGACACCACCAACAGCAUCUGAUGCGGAGACGACUGCAGUCAUCACCGGCGACGUGAACCCCGGUGUCUUGGUGCCUGUGGGUGGAACGCGUGUGGUCACAUACACGGCACAGGACCAAAAUGGGUUGGAAGAAGUCUGCACUUUCAAUAUCAUUGUGUCAGGAACUUCUCAAAAUCAAGCACCUCAGAUAUUCAAUUGCCCAACGUCUGCAUCAGGGGCCAUAUUUCCACCGGCAACCUCUGCUCCUGUCAGUUGGACACCACCCACUGCAACGGAUGAUUCUGGCGUGACCACGCUGACCUCUACAGCGCAACCUGGCAGUCAGUUCUUCCUUGGUGUAACUACUGUUGUAUACACUGCCAGGGAUGCGACAGGGCUGACAGAUACAUGCUCUUUUCCUGUCACCGUUACACAAGGUUCAUCUAACCAGCCACCUCAGUUCUUUGGCUGCCCACUGGAUAUGACUAGGAAUUUGCCCUCCGGGGUUGUCCAACUCUCUGUUUUCUGGACAGAACCAACAGCAACUGAUGACACCAGUACUCCAACUGUGACAUCUACCAGGAGUCCUGGCAGUUCAUUCCCCGCUGGAACAACCACGGUCACGUACACUGCACGGGACUCGGCCGGGCUUACCGCAACCUGUUCCUUUAAUGUUAUUAUUAUAGGGCAAACUGAUACCAUUAAUCCAGUAAUAAAUGGAUGCCCUGCCGGUGCGGACGGAACCCUCACCCCUGGACAGACCCAGACUAUGAUCUUCUGGAAUGCACCCACUGCAUCAGAUAAUUCCGGAAUAGUCACACUUACCUCAAAUUACGUCCCACCUGCUUCAUUUCCCCUGGGAAACACUCAAGUCACGUAUACUGCAACCGAUGCUGCGGGGAACACUGCUCAGUGUACCUUUACUGUGACCGUUCAAUUUCCAUCAACAGUUGACAGAACUCCACCAACUAUCAAUUGUCCUGCGACUAUAAUGGUUGUGGCCCAAAAUGGCCAAACUGUGCAGGUGAAUUGGAAUGUACCAGUGCCAAGUGAACAAGCUACUGUAGUGGCUAACAGAUCCCCAAAUUCAUUCUUUGAUGUCGGAGUGCAUUCCAUUGUGUAUACUGCAACAGAUCCGUCAAACAAUGUUGGGCAGUGCUCCUUUGAUGUAAUUGUUACAGCCAACGAUGGGAGAGUGGCUCCUGUCAUUCAAAACUGUCCAACUCAGACGAUUGACUACGGUCUGUUUGAUAGUCCCAGUUGCCGUCCUCCGUACACUGAACCUACGUCAAGUCAGGCAGGCGUCACUGUCACUGUCUCUCCCCCUGGCACCUCACCUCUGACUAACUUUGAGAUUGGUAAUUAUUUGAUAGUCUACUCGUUCACCAACUCGCAAGGAUUACAGUCCGACUGCACCAUAAACCUUGCUGUUACCUCUGGUGGACACGUUUGCAGAUGCUUUCCAUGUGAAGUUGGUGUAUGCUAUUAUGACCCGCUACAAGUGGGAGAGUUCUUUUGUAACACGGAACAAAGGAGGAGAAGAAAGAGGAAAGCACACUGGGAAGAAAUAGUUGAAGACACUCUUGAUUAUUCCUGCAUUUGUGAAAAUGGAGGUCGCUGCAUCAAGACGCCCGAGGGAGAUCUAGCCUGUGAUUGCCCGCAGGGAUAUUCUGGUGUCCUCUGUCAAAAUGUUGAUACCGUGGAAGCUGCUUUUGUUCCUGCAGUGCUCCUUGAAGACCCAUGCUCCUCCUUCCCUUGUCUUCACAAUGGCACCUGUAUCGUUGAGAACCAGGAACUCUUCACCUGUUUCUGCCCACCAGACUGGACCGGACCUAACUGUGAGUCUUACUUUGAGAUACGCCAUGACUUUGGUGGACAUGGUGGCCUACAGAGGGCUGGAGGCAGGUCCAACCUCAUCUAUUUGCCUACCGUAGCAGCAAUGGUCCUACUGGCUUUUGUCAUGGUAGUCCUCUCUUUCACCAUCUGUAGAAUCAUGCCCCAUGUUUCUGGUCAGACCAAGAACCGGCCGGAUGAAGUAGCACGAGUCAACUAA